AUGGGAGGGUUUCACGUGAGCACCGUAGUGCUGGUGCUUUGCGGGCACUUUCUAGCUGCUGCAUUGGGUUACGUUGAGAAAGUAGCAUCGCGUCGUGAGUACUUCUAUGUAGGCGGCGAGUAUGCAAAUCUCACGCUGGGAAAUGAAACGGCACAGUACAUGCUCAACCAGAUCUACGUCGAAAAGCUCACUCCAAGCAACCAAACCCAAGACACCCCCAUCGUCUUCAUCGCGGGAAACGGGCAAACAGGCACAAACUUCCUCGAAACCCCCGAUGGCCGUCCAGGCUGGGCCUCCUUCUUCCUCUCCCACGGCUACACCGUCUACCUAACCGACCAGCCCUCUCGCGGCCGCUCCCCCUGGUUCCCAGGUCUCGGCUCUAUGGACAUCGCCAGCACCGCGCGCGUAGAAUCGCUCUUCACAGCCAUCUCCUCGCACGCGCAGUGGCCGCAAUCCAAACUGCACACGCAAUGGCCAGGAACGGGUAAAGUCGGGGACCCCGUCUUCGACGCCUUCUACGCCACCCAAGUCCAGCGCCAAACAAACGUGACUAUUCUGGAAUCGCAAAACGCAAAGGCAUAUACCGCGUUGCUUGAUAAAAUCGGGGUUGCGCAUGUUGUCACGCAUAGCCAGGCUGGUGCGUACGGUUGGCGUGUCGGCGAUGCAAGACCGCAGCUCACAAAAAGUAUCGUCGCGCUUGAACCGUCUGGCCCGCCGUUUAUCAAUCGAGUCGCUGCAUCUGGGCCUGCGCGGGCCUGGGGCGUUACCGAUUUGGAAGUCGCAUAUGAUCCGCCUGCCGGCCCCGACGCUUCGUUGAUCGAGAAAGUGGUUGUGCCGGCCAAGGAUGCGGAGCAUGUUGAUUGUAUUAUGCAAGCAGAGCCGGCGAAGAAGCUGGCUAAUCUUGCGCAGGUUCCCGUGUUGCUGGUUACGGCCGAGGCGAGUUAUCAUGCGCCGUAUGAUUAUUGUACGGUUGGGUAUUUGAGGCAGGCGGGGGUGCAGGUGCAGGAUAUGGAGUUGGCUGAUGUGGGGAUUCGGGGGAAUGGACAUAUGCUUUUUAUGGAAAAGAAUAAUGUAGAGAUUGCGGAGAAGGUUUUGGAGUGGUUGGUGAAGCAGUAA